AUGCAGUCCCUGAGUAGUGGAGGUAUAGCCAACUCAUUAGUAGUCAAAGGCAAGAUAGGGAAGCAUCGACUGCUAGUCUUGAUCGACACUGGCAGUACUCACACUUUCUUGCAUGAAAAGAAAGCCAUGGAACUUAAAUGUGAGUUGCUGCCAGCCACUCCUUUGCGAGUCAAGUUGGCAGAUGGAACCAUUUUGCACAGUAAUAGAUUGUGCAAGGCUUUCACAUGGACAAUGGCAGGACAUCAGUUUGUUCAUGAUGUCAGGGUUUUGAAACUUGGGUCACAUGAUUUGGUGUUGGGGUUGGAUUGGCUCAGGACCGUGAGUCCCGUCAAGUUCGAUUUCAUCAACCUGCAACUCUUCUUUGACUUACAAGGGCAGGAAGUGGUUUUGACGGGGGCAGAGGAUGUUGGCGAUUGCAAGGCAAUUACAGGCAAGGGGUUGUAG